AUGGCAGCUUUAUCCAAAUUUCAUCAUAUUUCUGGAAACACUUCGAUGAAUCAUUUAUUUUAUGGCGCUACUACAAUCGCUUCAAUUUUUUGUGUUAUCGCAUUUGUAAAUAUUGCGAGGAAAGGAAUUCCGUCAUCAAUUUCGAAACAAAAAAAUGUAGGAAGAUGGAAAUAUACAAAAUGGUAUAGUAGUAUGAAUACAAAACUUCUAUAUAAACUUCAUUUUCUAUUAAAAAUUAUUAUUCCACGUUUCAAAUGUAAAGAAACAUUGCUUAUAACACUGUAUUCCGUUGUGUUACUGUCAAGAACAUUACUAUCCAUUUACGUAGCAUCUUUGGAAGGUCAUUUAAUUCGAACAAUUGUUGAAAAACAAUCCUCUGCAUUUAUUCGAUAUCUUAUUAAAUGGUUCCUGGUAGCAUUACCGGCUACAUUUGUUAACAGUAUGAUUAAAUUCAUGGAAGGAUAUGUUGCCAUAGCAUUUCGCGCUCGUCUUACUCAAUACGCUUACAACAAAUAUUUAUCGGAUUUUACAUAUUAUCAUGUAAAUAGUUUGGAUGAACGACUAAAAAAUGUUGAUCAGUGUUUAACAGAUGAUAUUACGGCAUUUUGUCAAAUAAUUUCACGCCUCUUUUCGCUAAUUCUUAAACCACUUUUCGACAUCAUUUUCGUAGGGUUGACGCUAGUAUACAAAUUACGAAAAGGUAGAUUAGGUUCAGGUAUAUUCAUUUUGAUUAUCAUGGGCUCUAGUGUCUUAAUGAGUACUGCCGGACUGCUACGAUACAUAUCGCCAAACUUCAGUGAAUUGCUUUCGGAAGAGUCAAAAAAGAAGGGCGCUCUACGUUUUUUGCAUUCACGUCUUAUUGCUAAUUCCGAGGAAGUUGCACUUUACAGAGGUCAUGAGGCUGAAAAAACUUGUCUGCUAAAAGCAUUUUAUAACAUUCAACAUCAUGCAUAUUUAAUCUGCCGAAAGAAAAUACCGUAUAUUAUGGUGGAACAGUAUUUACUGAAAUAUUUGUGGACAGCUACGGGUAUGAUUAUAAUUGCUCUCCCGCUAUUCACUGCAAAAUCUACCGAAGUAUCAUCAAGAAUAAAAGUGGGUGAUCGAACAGGAAAUUUUAUGACAGCAAAAAAUUUAAUGACUGUAGUAGCAAGUGCUGCUGAAAAAAUGAUGAUUUCCUAUAAAGAGGUGGUUGAGUUGAUUGGAUAUGUAUCACGUGUUUAUCAUAUGUUCAAAGUUUUUGAGGAUGUAAAACAACAAAAAUUUAUUCGAAAAAAAAGUCUGGAAAAUGCGAACGAGAAUAAAAUGGAACAGUAUAAUACUCAUGAAAUACGUGGUCAAAUUGUUCAAGCAAAUGAUGCUGUAAGAUUAUGCGAUGUACCUAUUGUUACUCCAACUGGUAAUGUCAUUAUCAGCAAUUUCAGUAUUGAGAUUCAUGCUGGCAUGCAUUUAUUCAUAACUGGUCCAAAUGGCUGUGGUAAGAGUUCACUAUUUCGAAUUCUUGGUGGUUUAUGGCCAGUACAUCGUGGACGAUUAGAAUUACCACCAGAAGCAGAAAUGUAUUAUUUACCUCAACGACCGUACAUGACCUUCGGAAAUCUAAGAGAACAGAUAAUUUAUCCGGAUACUCUGCUCGAUAUGCGAAGGAAGGGUAUCACGGACAGUGCUUUGAUAGAAAUUUUAAAAACGGUACAUUUGAGUGAUAUUGUGGAACGUGAAGGAGGUUUUGAAAGCGAACGUGAAUGGAUUGAUGUUCUGUCAGGCGGUGAAAAGCAACGAUUAGGCUUAGCACGGAUUUUUUACCAUCAACCAAAGUAUGCCUUAUUGGAUGAAUGUACCAGUGCAAUAUCAAUAGAUGUCGAGGCACUGAUUUAUCAAGCAAUGAAAGAUGCCGGAUUUACACUUCUCUCUGUGUCACAUCGACCAAGCCUUUGGCGAUUUCACACUCAUCUUUUGCAUUACGACGGGCAUGGAAAAUAUCGGUUGUGCCCGAUUGAUUCCAAAAUCUUACUAUCAUCCGAUAGCGAUAUGAACAAAAAUGAGUUGUUCCGUGAUAGUGGCAAUACGAAAGACUCUAUUUCGAACUGUUCAGCGAGUAAUGGUGGAACAUAG